AUGUCGACGCAGACGCAGGCAAUCUUGGCUCAUGACAACGAUGAAGCAUCAUCAGAAGAGCUCGUUCCCUCGACUAUUUCGGAAACCACUGAUGAUGGCUUAGAGCCCGAUACCGGCAAAGCUAGCGAAAUCUCUGGCCUCAAAAAGGUAGUCAUAACGGUCCAGUUGUCAGGCGUCACCUUCACCUCCAGUCUCAUCAACGGCUUGGUUAUCAUCGGACUACCAGCAAUCACAAAAGACCUUCAACUACCGCCCACUUUGGCUUUUUGGCCGGCAUCAGUCUCUGGCCUGGCUACAGCUUCUAGCUUGCUACUGGGCGGGGCGGUUGCUGAUGUCCUGGGGCCAAGAUGGGUUGAUCUUGUCGGCUGCUUUGCGAGCGGAGCUCUGAUGAUUGGAUGA